GUGACGCUGGGCGGCAUCACCGCGCUCACCCCGCAGGCAGACGCCGGCUCCGACACCGACGAGAGCGUCGCCCCUCCGACCGGCUGGCCGCUCGACUUUGCCGCCGUCGAGGCCGCCUACCCCUGCAAGCUUACACUGUCGCUCACCGGUGCCGCUGCACGGCGCCGCGUGUGGAGCCUCACCGAGACCAAUAGCAAGGCGCCGACCGCCGCCGCCAAGAUGGCGCCAGCCGCAGCCGUCCGCACGCCUUUACGCUGCCAGGCAUCUGCGUUUGUCCCUACGGUCCCUGACGCGGCCACCAUGAUAAAUGCAGCCCCCUGGCGGGGCUGUCCACAGAGCCAGACAGUCCCUAAGCAGGAGUUGGGCGAGGAGUGCACCACGGUCAUGAUGUGCAGGGUACCGCUCGCCUACUCGCGAGAUAGGCUGAUCGAUUUGAUGGACUCCCACGGGUUUGCGAAGAAGUUCGAUUUCGUGUACCUUCCCACAAACUUCACGACAAUGUUAGGUGUUGGCUAUGCGUUUGUUAAUUUGACCACACACGAGCAGGCGAGAGACUUCGUGCGCGUCUUCGAUGGGUUCACCGGUUGGGACUCCAUCGCAUCGCGCGCCUGCAUGGUACGCUGGAGCAAAGUGCAGGGCCUCAAGACGAACAUCCAGCGCUUCCGCAACAGCCCCGUCAUGAGUGCUUCGGUCCCGAGCUCCUACAAGCCAGUUCUCCUAAAGGACGGCGUGCGCAUGCCCUUUCCAGAGCCCACGAAGACGCUUCGCGCCGAGCGUAAGAUAGCAUCAAAGUGCCAGAUGGCCCAGGCGAACAUCCGAGAGGAAGACUUCGAGAUGUGA